AAUGGAGAAGUUUGCCCUGAACGUGGACUUACAGGCUGCUCAGCCUGUAAGGCUGCAUCCCGCCUCCUCGAUCACAGCCAAUCAAAUAACAGUAUAGCCAAAAGCCCCGACCAUGGCGCUAAACCACACCCCCUCGACCAAAACCAAUGAAAUAACAGAAUCGUUAAAAAGCUCCGCCCACAAGCACAACCAGUGAGAGACGAAAUCAAGAAGCCGCGCUGGGAUUCAAACUUUCAGUCUGGACAGUAACUGCUGCUGCUGAUGCUCCUGCUGCAUGUUCGGAAGAACUAUCCGGCCUGUGAGAAAUUCUGCACCAUCCUCUCCUCCACCUAAAGAAUCUGCCCCAAUGACCCGUCGGCGCAAAAGACCCUGCCCCACCUUACUACUUCCCUCAAAAAAGCCCUCUAACCCUUUACAGUCUUCUACCAAAGCCAAGAUUUUAACACACACUCCCACCUUAGCAUCUUCCUCAGCUGUCACUUUACCACCAGCACCUACCCCAGCACCAUCCUCUACUCCACCUUCACAAUCUGCCCCAAUGACCCGCAGCCGCAAAAGAGCCUGCCACCCCUUAGUUCUUCCCUCAAAAAAGCCCCCCAAUCCUGUACAGUCUUCUACUGCAGCCAAGAUAUUAACACAAGCACCCACCUUAACAUCUUCCUCAGCAAUCACUUUACCACCAGCACCAUCCUCAGCCAUCACUUCUCCACCAGCACCAUCCUCAGCCAUCACUUCACCACCAGCACCAUCCUCAGCCAUCACUUCACCACCAGCACCAUUCACAGCCAUCACUUCACCACCAGCACCUACAUCAGCACCAUCCUCAACCAUCACUUCACCGCCAGCACCAUCCUCAGCCAUCACUUCACCACCAGCACCGACCCCAGCACCAUACUCAACCAUCACUUCACCACCAGCACCAUUCACAGCCAUCACUUCACCACCAGCACCUACCCCAGCACCAUCCUCAACCAUCACUUCACCACCAGCACCAUCCUCAGCCAUCACUUCACCACCAGCACCUACCCCAGCACCAUCCUCAGCCAUCACUUCACCACCAGCACCAUUCACAGCCAUCACUUCACCACCAGCACCAUUCACAGCCAUCACUUCACCACCAGCACCUACCCCAGCACCAUCCUCAACCAUCACUUCACCGCCAGCACCAUCCUCAGCCAUCACUUCACCACCAGCACCGACCCCAGCAAUAAGACCCACUGAAGAAAUAGCAUCCACCUCUGGACCUAAUAACAUAAGCACUCCCCAUAGCCCAACCCUUUGCAGCAAUGCCUGUCCAUCUGAGAUCCUCUUUAAAGAGGUAGAGGCCAUCUUACCUCUUGGAUUUGGGCAUCGUAAAAAGAGAUAUUCAGUGACUGUAGAGGAGCUGAAAAGGAGAGUUGGGCCACCAGAGGGCAUGUCCCUUGCAUCUUGUGUGGCGUACCUGAGGAUGGACAAAAACAAAAAAGCUAGUCUCAAGACAGAACUGGACAAUGUAGGGGUCUGUCCAAGGCCAGUUACAACACUGACCUCCAUGUGCAGCAAGCUGACAGAGGGGGAGGUAGUUGAUCUGAGCCAAAGCCUUAGUCACCUUGUGGCAACACAAGUACCUUUCAGUAAGGUGAAGUUAUUAGAGGAACGAGACACCGAUGUGGCCCUUGGUCACCUGGCAUUAUUCAAAGAAAUGAUCAAAACAGCCAGUGAAGGCAUAAAAGCAGAGGCUGGCAUGUUCAACUUGGCUACCCAUGGACUUGGAUUCUCACUCUUGCAUAUCUUUGAAAACCUGUUCACUGAAUGUGCUGAUGCACAAAUUGCAGCACUUAAAGGUAAGACUUGAAAUAUAUUUUCUUGUGUAUUUCAAUUGUAGUGUAGUGUGUUCUAUCGUUUGUAUCCACCAUUGUUGAAAGACACUAAAAUUCAAUCAUGUAACCUAUAAUUCAUCUUCAUACAUCAAUGGGGUGCAAUAUUAUGACCAUCUCCACAUUUCUACCCUGUACAUUUUAUCAGGUUGACUAAACAAAUAGGAGCGCUUUGUAGUUCCACACUUACAGACUGUAGUAUAUCUGUUUCUCUGUAUACUUUAUUACCCUGUAUUUCAAUGUUCAGGACCCCCACAGGGCAGGUACUAUGUGUGUUGUGGAUCAUUCUCAGCACUGCACUGACACUGAUGUGGUGGUGGUGUGUUAGUGUGUGUUGGGCUGCUGGAGUGUUUAAACACUGUGUCCACUCAUUGUACACACUUGGCCCCUCCCACUGUUUUUGCUGCUCCCCCUUGUAGGUGUAAUGUCAGAAACAAGAGCUCAUCUGUUGCUGCACAAUUUGUGUUCCUCUAGACCUUCAUUAAUGGUCACAGGACACUGCCCAGGAAGCUGGAUAGUCUUGGGCGGUGGACGAUUAUCAAUCUAGCUGUGACCCUGAGGUGUCCAGCAGCACUGCUGUGUGUGAUCUACUUACACUAGAAUAAUAAGCCACCACCACGUCAGUGUCACUGCAGUGCUGAGACUGAUCCACCACCCACAAAACACCUGCUCUGUGGUGAUGCUGCGGGGGUGAUUUGAAGAACAAGGUAAUCAAGUAUAUAGAGAAACAGACAUACUACAAACUAAGUACUGAACCAGUCUGAACUACAGAGUUCUCCUAUGUGGUCAGUGGUUUGCCAAGCUGAUGAUAUGAACAGUGUGUGUAGAAACAUGAUGGUGGUCAUAAUGUUAUGUCUGAUUGGUAUAUGUCAUUAUAUUCAUUUUGCCAAAUAUGUUUGUGGUGUUAUUAGUCCAAGAAUUUUUUUUCUAGCCACGUAAUCCAAGGGACAGCACAGACA